UAAUCCUAGUAUAAUCCUGAUUCAUCAAUAUUUUCUCUGCUUGCGAUCAGUGCAGGUAACAUGCACAAAAUCUCGUUCGUAAAGCCGUACUCGUGGGCGACGUAUAAAGUCGCGGACGGUCCGUAUCCGCGCUCCAGUCGGCGGCCGUGCCUACUGUAUUCGCGCGUGCCGUCGUAUCCGUCAGAAUCCUCCGCACUGCGAUUCCGAUACGAAGCCUCGAGAGGAUUCGCGUUGAAGAAAAAUCGUGCAGCAAACAGAUCUACGGUGAAGAAACGCGCGCUUUCGCGCAGUCGACUUAAUUCCUCUUUCGUACUUUGGCCGCCGAUAAUUUGAAGAUUCGCGCAGAGUGUAUCGGGAUCGCACCAGGAUGCGAGUCCUGACCGUACUGAUCCUCGGGCUGCUGCUCGUUGUCUGCGCCGUCAAUAGCAGUGUCGUACCCGACGAAGUUCUCACUACAAGCCUGCAGGAUGCGUGGUACGAGGACAAGUUCGUUAUUGCGCUGUCCAACAUCAAAUCCAAGAAGAAACAAUCCAGCAGCAACUCGAUCGACACUCUACUAGCCGUGAAGUGCAACUCAAAAACCAAAAUGGUGCUCAUACUCGAUCGACGGACGAAGCGCGUCGUUCUCGAGAGCCUCGACGAAUCCGGCCGACGCAGCGCCGGCCACGUCAACGUAGACAGUCUCGCGGUGAACACACCCUUGAAGAGCCUGGUCAUCGUAGUGCAUCAGGCGCAGCCUAAUACUCGCGUGGACGUGUACGUCGAUUGCAUUUACGAAGGCUCGAUACCGUUGAAGAAAACCUUCCGCGACAUAGCCGAGUCCAGUGACAACCCGCUCGUGGAAGUGCUCAGAGAACGAAGAUGCCAGGCGAAAAUCUACGAUUUCUCAAGCAUCAACGAAGUGCUGAAGAAGGAGAAAUGUCCCGACAAACUGAUCGACAUGAAACAGCCUUCGAUAUUCGAGUCCAAUGAUUUCAACGCACAAGAUUCGAAGAAACCUAUCGAUCGACCUGACGGAAUCGACGAAGGAUCAACCAUAUCGAGUCAGGGUAACAAUCUGACGCCGUCUGGCGAACAAAAUCACGCGAAACAUCCCGAUCAUCGUCCAAAUCACAAGAAACCCGGCGACAAGAAAGAUCACGAUCAACACGGUCGUCCGAACGAUAAGCACAAGAAAAGGGACGACUCGUAUCAGUUAGAAUUCGGCGGCGCACAUGACAAAUACGAUCCGUAUGGCUCUUCCGAUCCGUUCGACUCUGCCGAUGCGUACUCUCCGACCAAGCGACCAGAUGAGACGGACGAUUUCGAUUACACGGACAAUUCUCGUCCGUCGCAUUCCACGUUCACUCUGCAGUUUCCCGACGAGCAAUAUCGUCCUACUAAAAAUCUCAACAAACUGCAUUCUAAAGAACGGCCCAGCGUACGACCGAGACCGAAUCAUCAAUCUGAUCUCAAUAAGCGACCGGAUCAUCAGUCAAAUUCGAAGCUCGAUGGACCGAAUCAACGCGGCUUUAAUCGACCUGAUGGAUCGAGUCCGUACAAUCACAAUAAAGCUCCUUCACUUACGCCAGACGGCUCCGUUCAUUUUGGACCUACCAAUCGACCCGCGCAUCGACCGAGUUCUCCCUCCGCCCGUCCGGACGACAAUCGAUACGAUUAUCCGAAUCAGACGGACAUGUCUAAUGAACGAGGCAAAAGAGAGCCGAAUAGAGGCGAUAUUGGAAUCCAGAGUCUAGAUGAGAAAGUCUGCCUCACCGACGGUCAGAUCGCGAAAACUUUGAACGAGUUAAUCGACGCCACCAGGAAACUCUGGAGGGAGCUGGAACAAAAUCGGCUGGAAACUCAACAUCUUCGUCAUUUGAUCGAAAACUGCUCGGCGUGUCGUACACCCAUCGUGCGACCACCGCCGCCGCAGACGUGCGACAAAAACUCCCCGUGCUACCCUGGCGCCGAGUGUCGCAACACACCGAGCGGACCCCAGUGCGGUUCCUGUCCCCACGGUUACACCGGAAACGGACGGGUCUGCGUCAAAAUCAACGUCAUCACCUGCGUGGAACGGCCAUGCUUCUCCGGGGUGCAGUGCUACAACAUCGGUGACGGUUACAGAUGCGGUAGAUGCCCGAGCGGAUACAUCGGCGACGGCGAGAGAUGCGAAAGGCGUAGGAACCCCUGCGACAUUCAUCCUUGUCAUUCGGAAGUUAAGUGCUACUCCAGUGAUACUCCGCCGUAUUUCAAAUGCGGUCCGUGUCCACUGGGAUACGUGGGCAACGGCACGGUCUGUCUCGAUGCGAACGAAUGCGAACUGGCUCGUCCCUGUCAUCCCGGAGUGCGGUGCAUCAAUCUCCAUCCCGGAUACAGAUGCGAGUCGUGUCCGACGGGCUACACUGGGUCAGUGGCGGAAGGUGUCGGCGUCGAAAUGGCCCGAGGGCGAAAACAGAUCUGUCGGGACAUAAAUGAAUGCGAAACCAACAACGGGGGAUGCGAUCUCAAUUCGGAUUGCAUUAACUCGGAGGGUUCUUAUAGAUGCGGACCGUGUAAGGCCGGUUACGUCGGCAAUCAAACAGUGGGAUGUCAUUUUCGACAAGACGUCUGUCCAGAUAUGGUGACGGUCUGUGACAUCAAUGCCGACUGCAUUUGCAUACACUUGAAUGAAUAUAUAUGCAAGUGUCACGUCGGCUGGGCCGGAAAUGGUCUCGUCUGUGGUCCCGAUAGCGACAGCGACGGUAUUCCGGACAGGAGUCUUCGCUGCCACGAUCGUCGCUGCCACGCCGACAAUUGUCGGACGGUGCCAAACAGCGGACAGGAGGACAUCGACGAAGACGGCAUCGGCGACGCGUGCGACGAUGAUGCCGACAACGACGGCGUCCUAAAUCCACACGACAAUUGUCCGUUCGCUUAUAAUCCAGAUCAGCUGGACACCGACCAAGACACUAUUGGCGACACCUGCGACAAUUGCCCGUUUAUUUGGAAUACGAAGCAAGAAGACACCAACGACAACGAGAUAGGCGACGUGUGCGACAGCGACAUCGAUGACGACGGUAUUCCGAACUCUCAGGACAAUUGCCAAAAGGUGAAGAAUCCUAAUCAGCGCGACACCGACGGGGAUGGCGUCGGCGAUGCCUGCGACAAUUGCCCGACCGUCAACAAUUCCGAUCAGACGGAUCGCGACGGCGACGGCGUCGGCGACGCCUGCGACACCGAUCAGGAUCGCGAUCGGGACGGUAUUCAGGACGACAGGGACAAUUGUCCGGACGUGGUGAAUCCCGGACAGAACGACGGUGAUGGCGACGGUGUCGGCGACGAGUGCGAUGAUGAUAUCGACGGCGACAACGUGCCGAACAGGAUCGACAACUGUCCUUACGUAUACAAUCCGGAUCAACGUGACAUGAAUCACGACGGCAUCGGCGAUGCAUGUUGGAAUGAUAACGACAACGACACCGUCAUCAACAUCUACGACAACUGUCCCAACAACAGUUUAAUAUGGGCAACGGACUUCCGUAAAUACGUGACAAUCCCUCUCGAUCCGGUCGGCACCUCGCAAUUAGAUCCUGCGUGGCGAAUACACAAUGACGGAGCCGAGAUCCAACAGCUUCUCAAUAGCGAUCCUGGAAUCGCCAUAGGACCGGAUGAGCUCAGUGGCGUCGACUUCGAAGGAACGUUCUAUAUCGACAACGACGACGACGACGACUUCGUGGGCUUCGUCUUUUCCUAUCAGGACAAUCGACACUUCUACAUCGUUUGCUGGAAGAAGGGCGAGCAAACCUACUGGCAACCGACUCCGUUCCGCGCCGAUGGCGAACCCGGCAUUCAGCUGAAGCUCGUCCAGUCCGCGACCGGACCGGGCGAGAUGCUCAGAAACGCUCUCUGGCACAAGUACGACACGCCCAAUGAGGUGAAGGUCCUGUGGACGGAUCCGAAGAAGAUGGGCUGGCAGCAGAGGGUGUCGUACAGGUGGCAUCUGAUGCACAGACCGAAGAUCGGUCUGAUCAGAUUCUGGCUUUAUCAGGGCACGCAGCAGGUGGCCGACUCCGGAAACCUGUUCGAUUCGACCCUGAAGGGCGGUAAACUCGGCGUCUACUGCUUCUCGCAAGAGAUGAUCACCUGGUCCGAUUUACUGUACAGAUGCAGAGAUACUGUGCCUAGAACCGUAUGGGACGAGUUACCUGAGAGCCUGAAGAGGGAGAUAGAAGCGGAAAAUAUCGGCAGCCAAUCUCAAAUAACGCGACGCCGAAUGAAUUACGACUUUUAAAACAGACGAUUUCGGCGAUUUACUGCGAAAAAACGAAGAGUCCAGGGAUCAUAAAAAGUUUAAAUUUAUUAAUAGCUAUUUUAUAACUUUGGAAUAAUUAAAAAACGAUCGAUGCAAAUUAUAAUCUGUUAUGAUCGAUCGCCAAAAUAGCGCAUCUUUAGCGCGUAUAAACUUAAUUUGCAUAAAUUCGAAAUUUCAUGAGAAAUUUUGUACAUUUGAUAGAUAUAUAGAAAUCUUGUAACAAAUAUAUAUAUAAUAUUCUAAUAAUAUUAGAAAGUGGCGAAUAUAUUUCUCCUGUUUAACCUAUUAAUCAAUUUCUAUUGUAUUAAAAACAAUUUAUUCGAAUAUAUUACGUCAGUGUUAUAUUAUAAAUCAAAUGUACUUACCUUUUGCGGAUAUUUAAAAAAAAGUACGUACAGAGUCACGAUAUAUCGAUUAAUAUGUACGCUGACUGCAAUACAAAAUGUAUAAAAUUACGAUUACUUUUAAUGAUCGUAUUUAUCUCUCUAAGAUGCAAUGUCCUAAAAAUUAUUUCAAUAAUAGAACAAAAUAAAAUAAUGAAUACUUUCA